AUGGAGGUAAUUGCAAAAUCCGAAGGAAAAAAUGGUAAAAUUAUAUUAAAUUUGUUAUAAAGAUAAUAAUGUUUAUAUUUUAAAGAAUCUAGAAUAUAUAGAACCUUAUUUAGAAUUUAAAUUAUAUAGUUAAUAUAAUUUUAUAAACUCAUACGUAUAUACAAUAGGUUGCCUACUUAACUAUAAUAUAAACUAUUUACAUCGUGUAAGACAGAAGUGUCCAACCUUUCGUGAAGACUGGGGCCACAUCAUGUAAGUAGAUGUUGUUGUUAGCCACAUAUAUUUUAAUAAUAAUACAUUUUAUUUAUAGUUUUACCAUGGGGAAUAAUGAGCAAAAACAUGUUUACAAGCUAUUUUAUUUAUAAUUAAAAGAAAAAAAACAUUUAAAAAUAAUUGCACAAUUGUUUUAGUUACAUUAGUUUCCUUAUUGCUAUUGGAUUCCAAUAUAAAAAAAAAAACUUUCAUAAUAUAUACCUAUAUUAUAUACUAUUAAACGAUUUAAAGUUUAUUUAAUUUUUAAUAUUUUUUAGUAUUAUAAUCUAAAAAUUAAUUACAUGUAAUAUUAAUAUUGAUGAUUUUGAAAUUGAAGUGAAGGCCUUUAAGGCCUAGAUUUUAAAUCUACUGUGGUCCGCAGGUUAGACACCCCUGGUGUGAGAUGUAUAAAUAGGAUAUAAAUGUAUAUGUAAUGUACCUAAUCUAUUCGAAUAAAUUCUAAUAUUAUAAUAAUUUUUGGAUUUAUACCAAAUGUAAAAUGUAUUACAUAAUAGUAUAUCAUUUAUAUUAUUAUCUUUUUGAUAAAUAUUAUUGCAUGACCAGCACAUUUAUACUAGUUAUGAUAUAUAGACGUAUAGUGCAUAUUAUAUUACGUGCCCUUUGUACAAUUAUCUACACAAACUGAAAAACAAAUAUUAUUUUUAUAAUAAAUAGGUACCGUUUAAAUUAACACAAAAUAAAUGAGUAAUACAUCCAAGUAGAGUUGCAUAAAUCAAUUUAAAUUUCGAUGUAUCGAUUUAUGUAUCGAUGUAUUCGAUUAGAUGAUUAAAAAAGGAAAUUUAGAAAGUGGGGGGGGGUUUUGAAAAAUGUCUCAGAUAAAGUACUAUUAAUCAAAAAAGCCGCACCUUUUAAUGAUAGAAUGAUUUUUACCUAACAUAAUUUAACCUUUUUUUCAUUCUAAUCGGUAAAAUGUCCGGGUCCGUUUUUCUCUUUUCACGAAUAACUAUUUAAAAAUAAACAUUUUAAAAUAAAUAACUUAACAAAAUUUAAAGUUCAAAAAUAACUAAAUAGAUACCUAACACGAAUAAUAUAAAAGGCAUAUAACGGUAUGUCUAUAUCUAUAUAUAUUAUACACACACAAAUUCGUUAUAAAACUAUUUAAUAGGUAUUUCUGUGAUAAACAUUUUUUUAUACAUUUAAAUUAUACUAAAUGUUCAACAUAUUAUUUUAGUAUACUUACCUCAAAUAUCUCUAUACAUAAAAUAUAUACACCGACAUUUAAGAGACGUUCAGAACCUCCAUUUGUAAAUUAACGUGCUAAAACGCUGUUAUUUUGCAUUAUUUUGUACAAUCUAUAGGUGUUUAUUAGAUUUUAAAUGAUGUAUUUUCAUUAAUUAUUUAUUAAUUAAUGUUUAACUUAAUUUUGAAGAAGCAGGCUUGGUUAAAACCGAACGAUUGCUAUAUUCAUAAUACGAGUAUAUGUAGGAUAUUUUUUAGUUAGAGAAAUUAAGGAAAACAUUUUUAAAAUUAUAAUAAUUUCACUGUAUAUAUAUAUUCAACAACCUAUAAAAAUAGAGACCAUACGGUUCAAAUUUUGAGUGUUUAAGUUUAUAGGUAAAAAAAUAGAUUUUAAAUACCCCAAAUAAAAGUACUUCUAGUAUCUUAAUUAGCAUUUAUAUAGUUUGUGCAUAGGUAUUAUUGGCAGAUGGACAAAAUGAAUACUUAAUACUUAUUAGCUCUUUUUCAAGGUGAAAUCAUUGAAAUCUAUAAGAUAAUAAUCUGUACUAAAUUAUUUUAUAGAAAUACAUUCAUGGGGCCAACGACAAGUUCAAAUAUUUCUUCUAUUUUUAUGUAUGGCCAUUGCAUACGCAUUGAGAGUCAAUUUGUCUGUUGGCAUUGUGGCCAUGACCAAUAAUUCAAGUGCUAACAAAAAUUUUGUUGUAAGUAACUAAUGUACCUCUAUAAUAUUCUAACAAUAGUGAGCUUGAGUAAUAAUAUAUCUAUUGUGAAAUAAUUGAUUAACAUUUUAGACAUUUGCAUGGAACGAAACAUCAAAAAGCACAGUAUUAAGUUCGUUUUUUUGGGGCUAUCUAAUUACUCAAAUAUAUGCUGGACAAAUGGCCCAGAAAUAUGGAGGUAAAUUUUUCUUAGUUGGUGCUAUAGGAGUCAGCGGUGUUUUAACAAUAAUGAUUCCAUGGUCAGCAAUACAUGGUGGUGUACCACUAAUGUGUGUUAAUCGAAUGAUUCAAGGAAUGGCCCAAGUGAGUUAAAAGAAACCCAAGUUAAUUACAAAAAUAUGAUAUCGACCCAUAGGUUAACAUAAUUGACUAGCCGUCAUAGCCAAAUGUACAAGAAUUACAAUGUGUAAAAAAUAUAUAUAUUUAAAAUGUUAAACCCAUAAGAAAAUAUUAGAUAUUAUCUGAAGGUUAACAAACAAUAAUAAACAAUAAUAAAUAAUUAUACUCUUAAAAUGUUAAAAACCUUUGUUUUAGGGUUUUAUAUUUCCUACAGUAAAUGUUUUGUUAUCAAAAUGGGCACCAACACCUGAAAAAAGUCGUUUGAUUUCAUUUGUAUUUAGCGGCACCCAAUUUGGUUCAUUGGCUAUGCUUCCCAUCACAGGACUUUUGGUUGAUAGUGUAGGAGGAUGGCCCGCUAUAUUUUAUGUAGGCGGUGUUGUAGCAUUAGUAUGGAUAAUAUUCUAUGGUUUAUUGGGAGCUAACAGUCCAGAAGAACAUCCGAGUAUAAGUGAGACAGAAAGACAAUUUAUUAUGGCCUCACUAAGUAGUACGACAUCAACAAAGGUAAAUAAAUACAAUUCCCUAUAAAGAAAAUUAAUUUAUAAAUAUUGUUUGUAGCUUUUAAAAACUCCAUGGAGCAAGAUAAUUAAGUCCAUGCCUAUGUGGACGCUACUUAUUGUCCAUAUGACACAAAAUUGGGGAUACUGGAUUUUAUUAACAAAUAUGCCAACUUACAUUAAUUAUAUAUUGAAGUUUAAUAUUAAAUCGGUAAACAUUUUGGAGAAUUUAAAUUUGCAUCAUACUCUGCUAUUAUUGUUUUGUAUUUAAUUGUUAUUUAGAAUGGAUUUUUAUCAGCAAUGCCAUACUUGAUCAUGUGGAUUCUAAUCUUAAUAUUUUCUUGGAUCAGCGAUUACAUCAACUUACACGGUUUGAUGUCAAAUACACACCAGAAAAAAAUGUGGAAUAGCAUAGCACAUUGGGGUGGAGCUUUGGCAUUGAUGGCUCUAUGUUUAAACACAUCAACAACAAUGGCAAUAAUUUUAUUAACUACUGCUCUAGGACUGAAUAGUGGUGUUAUUACUGGUUUUAUGUCUAACCAUAUGGAUUUAGCACCAAAUUUCGCAGGCACAUUAAUGGGAAUUACAAAUAGUUUUUCAAAUGUAACAUCAAUAUUAGGACCCUUAUUAGUAGGGUUUAUCGUGAAAGACACUGUAAGAUACAUCAUUAUAAAAAAAAAAAAUUAUUCAUUAUUAAAAUUUUUUUUAAAUUCUAGAAUAACAAGGAAGAAUGGAAUGUUGUGUUUGCAAUCUCAGCUGGUAUCUUCUUCCUAGGAAAUUUGAUUUAUAUUAUAUUUGGAAGCGCUGAAGUUCAAUCAUGGAAUGAUUUAUCAGUAAUCAACAAAACACAAAUAUCAAAAAGAGACAAUAGCGAAAAGCCUUGAUAUUUUUUUAUUUUAAUUUUUUUUUUUUUUGGGGGGGGGGUUUAUUGUACAUUUGUAUUAUUAUUUGAGUACAAACAAUGAAGGUAUGUAGGUAGGUAAUCUAAAUAUUUAAAUAACUAUUCGCAAUAAUAUUUCAUAAUUUUUUACUUUUAUAAUAUGUACUUAUACAUUUUUAAGUAUCUACCUAGCGCCAAAAGGACUGUACAAAGUUAUCACAUAUCUUUUAUUUUAUAAACUUAACUUAAGCAUUUUAAUUUUCCUUCAACUAAAACUACAAUAAAAUAAUUUAAGCAUAUAUUUUGUAUCCUUACUAUUUUCCUAGUUCAUAAUCUGUACCAAUAUUCAAAAACAAAAUUAUACAAAAAAAAUAAUAGUCUAUCUCAUAAAAUGUGUAGCAUAUCAUCUGUGGUAAGGAAUGGCCAAAGUUAAAUAUCCCUAAUACUCGCAGAUCAGUAUAAUUCUUUUCUCCUUCACCUUAAUCCCAACUAUUUGGAUUUUAAAACCCUCGUUCUAAACUUCUAAUUAACCGGAUCUCCCACUUUGCAUAUGCCAGCUGUCAUCAUAUCAUUCUCAGUAACAUCCAACCACCUCUUUUUUCGGUCUUUUUCUUUAUCUCUAUCUUCAUAUAUUUAUUUUCAUUACAAAUUUAACUGCUUAAGAUUCCUCUCUCCCUGUGACAUACCUAAAUCAUCUAUCUAUUUUUUCUAAUUUUGAAACAAUGUUUAAACUACUUUUUAUGUUCUUGUCCCUUAUCUUAUUUUCCCCUGCCGCUCCUCUCAUUCACCUAAAUAUUUCCAUCUCUAGUAUAUUGAUUCUCUAUUUUUCUUUUUAUCUCCUAAAGGUGUGAUUCCUAUAGACGCGUCUGCAGUAGAGCCGCGGCGCGGCAAGAUUCAAAUUUCAGACAUGUGGCACUAAUUUACUUGGUAGAUAUAACCGAUUCCUAUGACAAUUGCUGCGACGCGCCACUGUCGCGUCUGACUGGAUUAGCGACUGUUCCGAAAGGUGUCAAAUCGCUGACGCGCGCGGCGGUGUAUGCAUAUAUAUAUAUAUUCUGGUGCACAUAUAUUGGCAUAUUGUAUGUACAUUUUUUCAUAUUUUUUAAAAAUGCCACGGUCAUCACAAAUUGGCAAGUUUUCUCCAUAAGUACGCUAGUAAAAAUGAAAGUAACUCUAUUUUAGAAGAUGCAGAGGUUCAAGAAUUGAGUAAUACACCAUCAAUAAUUCCAUCUACAUCACAAGGCUAUGUGGAUCCCAUAGAAGAUAUUAAUUCAAUACCCAAGAAAAGAAAACAUAACACUGAAAAAUGGCCCCACAAAAACCAAAAACAGAACGUAGAAUGGAUCUCUUUGUUAAAAAAAGGGAGUGAAAAGAGAAAUACAAUUUUUGAAAUUAUCAAUAAAGUUGAAGAGGAUGACCCAAUUGAUACUUUUCAAGAGUAUGGCAUCAACAGUGGAAACGUUUUCUACUAG